AGGACCGUCUUCUGCAAACGGCCCAUAACCAAGAGCUCGAGAGAAUCUUUGAAUGAAUCCUUUCUUCUCACCCCUCCACACUUCGGCAUGGGGUCGAACGAGAGGGAAGUUAGCUGAGGCAAGAGCUCUCUGCCUGCAAACCAUUGCGCCACGCCUCACCGAAACUCAACCAAGAGCUUCCUAGCGUUAAAAAGUCUGGGCGUUUCGCAGCCGACUUAGACGUGUCUGGAUAGUUACCAAGUUUGCCAAACUGCCGAACUGUGACAUCCGAGGAACUCUGGGACAACGAGGAAAUUUACCCUCUGAGUAGAAUGAUCAUCAGCUACGUGGCUAACAGCUAAAAGAGCCUGCGCCAAAAGACAUUUAUAGACCGACCAACUGCAAGAAGCUGACUUCAGACUUGCAUGACAGGCGAGCUGUCGGGUCAUUCAUCAUUCGUCCGUUCGACCCUCUGUCCGUCCUUGUAGAUGCCAUCGACUGAAACCAUCAGCUUUUUUUCAUUUUUGGAACAGUUCAGGGCGUCUUAAUCUGUCACUUGAAGAGAAGAGAGAGGAGUGAACUUUUCACUGACCUGUGAUACCGAGAUGAGUUGGUUCAAGGCGUUUCGUAUGCCGAGUGGCGAGACUUGGUAUGAUGAACAACACGUCUCCGUGUCUGUGGACGUGCGGCAAGUGGCCGUCAUCUUCGCCUCAGCUGUCAUCUCUGCCGCCAUGUUGGUUUCUGUGAUCGGUAUAAGAGGGCGAGAGAAGUGGAGUACAUUUCUAAGAGUUUUAUACAGUUUAUUCAUUUUUAUCACAAUAUUAGUGACCGUUUUCGGCCAGGACUGGCAGUUCUCUAGCUUACGAAGCAAGUGUCCCUAUAAAAUCAUGUCCACAGAAGAUAUACACGCCGACAUCAAUGUGAAUAUUGGGCUGAACAGUGUAAAUGUUAGUCUUGCAGCUACUUUGAACUUAAACUCCAGUACAAGGCACAUAUAUUACAAUGAGCGUUUUUCCUGGAUAGGUGUGAACCAAGCUGAAAAAGAAUACGAAGAUGCUCUGACCCUGGGGGCGCCCUCACCAAUCUUAUUGGUAGCCGAAUAUAUCAGUGUUGAUAAAGGAGGUCUGCGGUGGCACCGUGCUUACAGGCAGUCAGGAUACUUUACUUACAUAAUGUUAUGGGCGGCAUUUGCGUUUUGGGCCUUAGCUAACUGCCUUCUCUGCAUGGUAGUCUUCUACGGCGCUUGCCUCGUUGUGAUCACCGGGAUGACCUUGACCUCAGCCUCGUUUCUGUAUCAUAUGUUGCAGCCUGGUCACCGACUUACAAUUCCCAUGGAAGAUGGAUUUAUUGUGUUAUCAUACGGCUGGUGCUUUUGGCUCACGAUGGCUGCAGGUGUCCUUACAAUCUUCGUAGGCAUCUGUAUACUGGUGAUGGAGGAGUGCGUUCCAGAUGCCACUGCAACCUUCUUUCUUCUGGAUUCCUCCACACUGGACACGGACGAUAAGUACCUUGCGGCGCGAGCCCAGACCGACGUGGACACUGACCUCCGGGUCCGGGAGGCCAUCAAAGACACGGUGACACAUGCUAAACCCAAGUUUUCGUACGUUGACAUGUCGAAGGUAGGAGAUGGCGUUGACAGCUCAACCUCAACAGAAGUCGACCUGCCGAGGUAUUACACGAAUAUGGGUUACGUGCCAUCGGAAACAAAUUUAACAAACAUCACAGAGGAAGCUCCGGUUUCCAGAAGGUUCACUGACAGUGACCACAGCAAAAAUCCUGCCGCAAGAAACUUUGCAAAAACGCUUUCACCACUACAUGAUGGUGGCAUAUACUUUUUGUCCGGCCGAGAGGAUUAUUUAAGUCCACGUGGAAGCGGGACUAGUAAUCCUAAAAAAGACAGAAGAGAGCAAACUAAAAGUAAACGUUUGGGUCCUGAAAAGAGAAGUAACAGCUUCAGUGCUGACCGAACUGAGAUGAGGACGUACAGUCCAGAUGCCUCGCAUUAUGAAACUAUUCCAAAACUAUUCAGAGGCCAAGAGAGUUUUCUAUACUGAAGUGACAACACAAAAUCCUUUAGUCAAGUAAAUCAAUGUCAUUUUAAUGCAGACUUCAAGAAACACAAGACUACGUGUUGUGAUAAUCAAAAGCAAGAAAAAAGUGACACCAUUGACGUCACGGCAAUAUGGCCGUUGUCAUGACGUAGACAUGUUGAAGUGACGUCAUGGACACUACACAUAGACCAUCUACGUUUUAAAAAUCAACGGUUGACUGAGAGCCGGUCUCUAGAGGAGAUAGCCGUGAACGAAAAACGAUUAAGUCUCAUAUUAAGACGGAAAUCAUACAGUGGCAAAUCGCAUGUCUUCAGUGUUACUUACAAUGUGCCAUAUAAGUAAAACUUAAGAGCAUUUUCAUUAGUAGACCUCUGAUGAGACGGUUCUUUUAGAUGUUAUAUUUUUUCUUUCUUUCUUUCUUUCUUUCUUUCUUUUCUUUUUUAUGCAACUUUGACUUGUUGAGUAUUUGAGGUGAAUAGCGUUUCAGGCGUAGUCCAUGUUUAUUUCAAACGAAAUCUACAUGAUUUCAUACUUAAGCAUUGUUACUGGACGCUUUUUAAGUCGUCAUUUUUAAGUCACAAGUUUCCUUUUAGGUAUAUAUAUAUAUA